AUGCAGGUAAUUAUAUGCGAGUGGCUGGCUUGGUUGCUUUGAGCCAUGGCAACUGUGGGACCUGUAUGAAGUUCUUCUGUGCGCAUAGGGCCGGUUCGCGCAGACUGAUUGUAGCCUCCUCUGUCCUCGCAAACGGGCGCCGCCCAAGUAAUUUUGGAUAGCUUGAUGGGACCUUGUAAAUCACUCUGAAGGCCUACGCUGUGUUCUGUGCCUCUCAUGUGCGCGAGGAUCGAGCUGUUGAUGUUCUUUGUUUGUCCCUUUCCUAACUAUACUGGAGGAUGUUCUUUUGUUCUUUUGGAUAAACGCCUGGAACCUCUUAUUUCGUAGCCGUACCUUUAAGGGGUUAGGGUUAUGUGUUAGGAGUAUGGGGUCAGGGUUGGGCGCUAGGGAUUAAGGUUAGACCCCCUAUUACCACUGAUCCCGUAUGACAGACGACUAGUGCUUGUCUACUGCAGGUACGGCUGUGAAAUAAGAUCUGACCAAUGAGUCUCUAACCCCUCGCGUAAUUAACUGACUCGCCAAGCGUAUAACACACACCCUCAGAACUAUAAAUGCUUCACUUUUACCGCUUUCAUUCAACGGGAUACGCCUUGCUGCAUCGCUUUCUAUAGUGACGUGCUGGACAGUGUUCCGACAGUCAUCGAUUGUAUGUUUACCUUGACAUUUAAGUCGGGUAUUUGUUCCUUUACGUCCAAAAGUUGUUGAAACUAUUGGUUAAGGCAGUUGCUGAGGCGCGAGGGGCAUAUUUGGUAGCGCACUUUUAGCAGUACUUUGCUAUGGAGAGUAUUAACACUUUAUUAGAAAAAACCAUCAGAUUUGCCGGUAUUUGACAGAUGGAAGGGUUGCAUUUAUCUGAAAAGGAAGACGUUGUAUCGGACCCUGACCUGCCAUUACACUUCUAUGAUUCACAAAAGUAAGCUAACUUCUCAAGUAGCUAGUACGAGGAUAGUGGAACACAGUAUUUACUGGCUAGGGACGAUGCAUGAAACUGGUGCGUUUCCCAGAUCAGAAAUUAAGAAAUUGGGGCGAAAAGGUAAUUUGCUUUACGGAGACGCAACCAGACCGUGAAGAAGCACAUUCAGAAGUACGGAUUAGUGGCGUGGUCAACAGCGUCAAAGUUCAGUUGAGGGCAAGGCGUCGGAGACAAUUUGCCGAUCGGCACCCAUGGUGGAAUGCGGCUGUGGUUGACGGAAGGAAUAGAGGACGUCAACGAGAAGUGUGAUGCCCUCUCCGUCAUAAGGGUCAAGCACAGGUGCUUUCCACUGUCAUCUUCGCUGGAGUGGCGACAACUGCUAUCCAAGUCUGGAACCCCAGCCGGAUGGCAGGACUUGACGUAGUUCAUCCUCGUUUCGUUCACCUCCUUCGUAUGAAAUAAGCGCAGCACGUCAUAGACUAUUUAGUCCCCUAUGAACUAUUCGCAGCCCCGUAUGGUCGCCGAGAUUUGCCACCGUGUCAAAACUCUGAGGGCAACUAUCCAUCAGUUAAAAGCAGUGAACCCCCAUUUUGCUUUGUCUUCUGACUGGUAGCAACGGGUUUACAGGUUAGUAGCCACAGCAACUCUUAGACCGGGGAGCAAUGCGGAAAUACCAAUUACCCGCCAUUCCACAGACCGCGCAUGAGGAUUUCCAUUUAAUUCAGUAUUCCGUGAUUUCGCUCCUAAAUUCUCCAAUUCAUGCUGCAGUACCUGAUGAGAUGUCCUGACAUCGAAGAUGGACGAAUGUCUUCCGUUCAAACUGCACUCGUUGGGCCUGGUUUUCGUUUUCUAACUCAAGACCCAUUAUCGCCGUCAGAGGUAGGAAUGAAAAGAAGGCUACAUCAACCACGCAAUUGCGAAAUUAACCUGUCCUGUCUUUGUGACUGGGAAAUGGAAAGUAGAAAAUGAAACGCUUUAGAGUUCCCUGUUACUUUUUAUUAUUGCUAUUGUUAUUCUUCAAAUACUACUAUUACUGUUGCCUUCUCCUCCACCUCCUCCUUCUCCAUCUCCUCGCUUCAAACUCACAGACAGAGGGAUGAUGUUGACGAACGAAAUUCUGAGGAAUAAGAGCUUAUGGUGUAGCGAGUAAGCAAUGCGUUCGCGCACCGGAAAUAAGAUGAAGUUGCAUCCUAGCUAUACUACGCAAUUUAAGUACUUUCCAAAUGGUAGGAAUGUUCGCCGGACCGUGUUUGCAGUUUAAGUGGUGUUCGAAUUAACUAGUGAUCCUUUUUAAACUGUAUGCAGAGGUGGUUGACGAACCUUCCUUAACGGUAAGUGCAUGUGUUCACAAAGGUCAGGUUGUUUUUAUUAUUAUUCUCACUGUUAUUUUUGUUCUUAGUGUUUUUGUUGUUGUUGUUUGUUUUUGCUGUUUGUUGUUGUUGUUGUUGAUGAUGAUGAUGAUGAUGGUGGUGGUGGUGGUGGUGGUGGUGAUGAUGAUGAUGAUGAUGAUGAUGAUGAUGAUGAUGAUGAUGAUGAUGAUGAUGAUGAUGAUGAUGAUGAUGAUGAUGAUGAUGAUGAUGAUGAUGAUGAUGAUGAUGAUGAUGAUGAUGAUGAUGAUGAUGAUGAUGAUGAUGAUGAUGAUGAUGGUGAUUUGGCCCGACCAAAAACAGGAGCAGACGUCCAAAUAUAG